AUGUCCAAGCAGAGCGCUGCCUUGUCUUUCUGUUCUAGUACUUCUUUUUAUACUUCUCGCGCAAGUCGACUUCGAACACACCCUAUCUGUGUCUAUAUAGAGCUCGCCUCGCCUUCCAAAGUUCCAAUCGCUCUACAUUGCUCUACAUUGCCUCUACCUCUGCCUCUACCUCUGCCUCUGAUACCAAAUCAACCAAUCUAUCACAACACAACAAUGGCUUCUCUUUGGUACUGCUGCUGCUGCUCCUUCGGCCCUCACAACCUAUCCCUCCACGAAGCCUGCAUUCAGUGCGGAACACCUCGCUGCGGACGCUGCACCGAACAGAAGGUCUCCGACAGCAUGAACCUGCACUCCCACUCUCACAGCUAUGAUAUCACAUCUGCAUACCCAGCCGCCGUGCCCACGAACUCUCCUCCAACACCAACCUUCAAGCCGACGACCAUGGACAUUGCUGUACCAGAUCUUCCCCGUAUAAGGGCCCUUCCACGAGCAGACUGCACAAGCAUCUCAUCAACCCCACUAGGUGGAAUCCGAACCCACGGCGAGACCUACAUGUACAUCUGUUGCUCUUGCCAUGACGGUCCAAAGAUCUACAACCACCAGCCUCAAUGUGUUGAGUGCGGGCACAUGUCCUGUGGCCGCUGCGUCUAUGUCAAGUGA